UUCACAGAUGAGGGGCUGGAGUGAUAGCACAGCGGGUAGGGCGUUUGCCUUGCACGCGGCCGACCGGGGUUCGAUUCCCAGCAUCUCUUAUGGUCCCUUGAGCACCGCCAGGAGCAAUUCCUGAGUGCAAAGCCAGGAGUAACCCCUGUGCAUUGCCGGGUGUGACCCAAAAAAGAAAAAAAAAAAGUUUCACAGAUGUUGAAAAGGAACCGAGAAGCAGGGGAGAGAGCCUGCCCUGGAGAUGAGAGCUGAGGGCUGCCCCUGGGAUAGGGCGGGUCUGAUGCGCCAGCCUGCCCGCCCGGACCUGACUCCGCAAACACCCAGUUCUACGCUUUACUCCCAGUCGAGAACUUUGCAGACGCUCCCUGGGCCGGCCGCCCGGCCGAGAACUGCGCUGUCACUAGCGUCGAGCUCCCUGGGCGGGAGGACGCCGGGCGCCAAGUCCCGGCGCGGCGGCCAGGGCCGACCCGAGGGGCGGGGGCGGCGGCCAGCGCGGCGCCCGCGCCCACGCCAUGUCCUGCCAGGCCAAGGACGACUUCCUGCGGCACUACACAGUCUCCGACCCCCGGGCCCACCCCAAGGGCUACACCGAGUACAAAGUGACCGCGCAGUUCAUCUCGAAAAAGGAUCCCGAGGAUGUCAAAGAGGUGGUGGUCUGGAAGCGGUACAGCGACUUUCGCAAGCUGCACGGGGACCUGGCCUACACGCACCGCAACCUCUUCCGCCGCACGGAGGAGUUUCCCGCCUUCCCACGCGCCCAGGUGUUCGGCCGGUUCGAGCCAUCGGUGAUCGAGGAGCGGCGGAAGGGGGCCGAGGACUUGCUCCGGUUCACCGUGCACAUCCCGGCGCUCAACAACAGCCCCCAGCUCAAGGAGUUCUUCCGGCGGACCCCGCGCCGUCCAGCCCAGCCCAAGAGGCCCUGGACCUCCUGUUCAACUGCGGGAGCACCGAGGAGGUGUCCGGCUCCCCCGCCCGCGGCCCGCUGUCCGACGCCGAGCUGGCCCUCUUCGACCCCUUCUCCAAGGAAGAGGGUGCAGGCCCCAGCCCUACCCACACGGGCUUGCUGGCCGCCAUGGAGGCCGAGGCGCAGGGCCCGGCCGACGAGCCCUGGGAGCCAGGAGGGCCGGAGGAGGAAGAGGAGGACGGGGACGGGGCCCCCCCUCCUGCCUAUCUGAGCCAAGCCACGGAGCUCAUCACCCAGGCCCUGCGCGACGAGAAGGCGGGGGCCUACGCCAAGGCGCUACAGGCCUACCGGGAUGGGGUGCACAUCCUGCUCCGGGGCGUGCCGGAUGACCCGUGCCCGGCCCGCCGGGAGGGCGUGAAGAAAAAGGCAGCCGAGUACCUGAAGCGCGCAGAGGAGAUCUUGCACCAGCAUCUGUCCCAGCUCCCGCCCUGACAGCCAGCCGCCCUGACCCCAGACUCUAGUGCCAGCACUGCCAGCCACACCUUCGUCUUCUCCCCGGUGCCCGGCCCUCUCUCCUGGUCUUCUAACUCCAGGAGCCAUGUCUGUCUGUAACUGGACCAAGAAUGAGAACAAUGAAAUUCUCCCCUCCCCAAGCACGCCUGCCACGGUGGAAUCUCCGUCUCACGCCUCUCAUCUUGUCUCUUAUGUCGAGGUUCAAGUAGCAGUGCGGGGUUCAGGAGGUGGCACAGAGGACUGGGGGUGUGGACGCCGGUACCGUGGGGUCAUCCAAGCCCGGACUGCCCACCCUCCUCCCAAAAAAGCAACAGAUCCAGCCACUAAAUUUCUGUUUACACAUUCCAUCUGCAGCUGCGUGGGGCCCACUGCCUUUGUAAAGUCGUGACCUAGGAUGAUUUCUACUUUUUCUUUAUUGGUGGGCCACCCCACAGGGGCUGUUCCUGCCUCUCUGCUCAGGAGUGACCCCCACAGACUCGGGACAUUAUGUGGCACUGGGAUUUGAAUGCAAGGCAAGUGCCAUAGCUUCUGUACUAUCUCUCCAGCCCCUCUGAGGAUUUUUACUUUCUCUUAUAGGGAAAUUUAUUUAUAUAGAGAGGGACUUUAUUUAAAUUAAUGAAGGUUGAUACCAAUGGUGCAAGGUUUCUUUUAGGGGGCCACAUCUGGCGGUGCUCAGGGCUUACUCCUAGCUCUGAAAUUCCUGGUAGGGCUCAGAAGACCAUAUGGGUACUGGGAUCAAACCCAAGCACACGUGGGUUUGGUCAUGUGCACAGCAAGGGCCCUAUCCAUUUACUAUUGUUCCAGCUUCAAUGCAAGUUUUCUUUUGGGUAGUUGAUUGCUAGGAUGAAUCACAUGGUUUUCAGCUGCCUAAAGUUGUGUUUCUGAUUUCCUGACUUGUGGGCCUGCCAAAGAUUUUCUUUUCCUUGGCCAAAUUUUAGCCAAGCUCCUAAACUUUUUCUUAGGUUGUGUGCUUCCUGUAAAAUUCAUUUUCACAGUUCCUCUAAUAAGCCUCUUAACUAGAAUUGCCCAUACUCGCUGUGUGAUCAGGUGUAUGUCCUCUAGCACCACAAAGGUGAAGUCUUACUAACUUGGAGAUUUUUAAAUGUUUUCUUUAAGCAAAGAAUAAUAAUCUGAAAGGUGUAAAUUAUCUCAAACAAGGAUAUAAAGAUAUUGGAGCAAUUAGGUUCA